AGGAGAAAUUGUCGGGGGGUGUGGGCCUGGAAGCCGGAAACCCCAGCGCAGCCCCCGGGCCGGCCCGCUCCGCUCAGUCCACCGAGGCACGGACCCGCAGCAGGAGCCCCGAGUGUCGUCUGGACCCCCAACGCCCCAUGGCUCGGCCGUGGCCCUUGCGCCUGGUCCCGCUGCUGCCCCUGCCCCCGGCGCUGGCUUCGGGGGCCGAGACCGCCCCGACGUCCACCGUGGUCCUGCUCCUGGUGCUGCUGCUCCUGCUCCUGCUGGGCCUGGCGCUGGCCUGGCGCCGCCUCAGCCGCGACUCGGAAGGCCGCUACCACCCGACGCGGCUGGGCGCCACGGCCCUCCGCCGGGCCCGGCGCCUGGCGGGGACCACGCUGGACCGGCUCUGGCGCCGCCGGGGCCGCGGCCGGAGGGGGCUGCCCGGCGGCGAGGAGCUGGGCGAGGACGACGACGACCACGACGACGACGACGACGACGACGACGAGGGGCAGCAGGAAGAAGAGGAGGAGGAGGAGGCGCCGCGGCCUGAGCGGCAGCCCGACGAGGCGACAGCCGGAGCCGAGGAGGAGCAGGAGAUGGAGGACGACGACGACGAGAAGGUGGCAGACGGCCGGGAGGACCAGGGGCCGGCGGGCAGCGCGGGGGUCCUGCUGAGCGACCUGCACGCUUUCUCGGGCAGCGCGGUCUGGGGGGCCGUGGACGGGGACGGGCUGGCGAGCGACCAGGGCCCCAGCGUCACGGCCCUGUAG